AAUGAGUGGUUCAGCUCAAAAUCACUGGAAACACGCCUGGCCUUGUGCUCAAGUUUUCAGCGAUUUUCUGUGCAGUAACCAGGAACUAAUCGAAGACAAGCUUGUUCUCGAAAUUGGAGCCGGAGCCACCGGUGUCUGUGGGCUCACCACUGCGAAGCUGGGAGCAGCGAACGUUUGGAUGACGGAUCAUCCUAAAUUAGAGGCUGCCCUGGAAACUCUUCAACGAAAUAUUGAAGCCAAUGGAGUAGCUGAAAAGUGUAUUGUAACGGGUCUCGACUGGGAAUCGCGUGCUUCAGUGUCCGCCGUUUGCGAUCAAAUCGGUGAUCGUCAUCUCGAUGUGAUCAUCGCAUCGGACGUAUUCUUCGAUCCGUCCACGUUUUGCCCGCUAAUCGACACUUUUGCCCAAUUGUUGAUAAAAUUCGAACAUGCCACUAUUUGGUUUGCCUACCAACUGAGAGAUGAUAAUUGGACCUGCGCCCCAUAUCUAUCAAAAUAUCCAUUUCUACGUGCAACUUUGGAAAGAAGAAUAGAGACGGAAAAAGAAACAAUUGAUAUUUUUAAAAUGACAAGAGAAUCACUUGGGCUUUAUGCUGGAAUUGAAGGAGGCGCUACUGGCUCCAAAUUAGUGAUUAUCGACGCAGACACUAAUCAGAGAUACACUUCAUCGACAGAAGGAACCAAUUUCUUUUUGACGGAUCACACGAUCGUUUGCAAACGAAUAGCUGAUUGGAUUCUGGAAGUUUUCGAGAAGGAGAAGCUGGACAUUAAGAAUCUCAAGGCUCUCGGUCUAGGGCUUUCUGGUGCCGAAGAUGAGGAAUUUAACAAGAAAUUCGUUGAUUACUUCCGUCAGAAUCAUGGAAAUGUCACGGAAAACUUCUACUUGACUUCCGACGCUGUGAUGACUCUUUUGGCCAAUUUUCCAGGAGAGGAAAAUGGGAUUGUACUGAUUGCUGGGACCGGAUCUUCGUGUCGACUAAAAAUUCGUGACGGAUCUGUAAAAGGAGCCGGCGGCUGGGGACAUCAAAUUGGAGACGGAGGAAGUGCAUUUUGGAUCGCUCGAACUGCGAUCCAGAUGCUUUUCGACGCGGAAGACGGGUUCGAGGAGAACUUUAAUACUGAUGUUAUCAAACAGCUGCUCUUCAAACACUAUAAUAUUACUGAUAAAACUAGAAUGCUCGACUAUUUGUACUCUAAAUUUGAGAAGCAUAAAAUUGCCGAUUUUACAGUUUCUCUCGCGGAACGAACUGACGAUGCGGCUGUGGCAGAAGCUUUCAGAAGAGCUGGAGAUGUUCUCGGAAAACAUGUGAGAACUGUGGCAAAGUAUCUCACCAAUGAAGAUCGAAAAGUUCUCAGCAUUGUCCAGAUCGGAGGAGUCUUUCAAUCAUGGGAUGCUCUCCAACAAGGAUUUGUGGCUUCUUUGAGUGGAUCUGGAAUCGAGAAAAUCGUAAUGUACGAGCCAUCUGAUUCACCUGCGGUUGGCGCAGCUGUGCUCGCUGCGAAGGAGCGGAACGAGAUUUUCUUGCAGCAGAAUGUAGAGAAAAAGAUGCUGAGGGAGAUUAAUUUGUAGCUAAAUUUCGGAUUUAACUUUGUUAUAUCAAAUUUGUACAUUUUUAAUUAUAUAUUUCAUGAAUAAAUUUUUAUAAAUCAAUAAAGAAAAAAA